GGCGGCGGAGGCGGCCGAAGCGGGGCGGGGCGCGGCGACGAUGGCGGAGCUGGUCGAGCAGCUGCGGGCGGACGGCGUGUCCAAGGAGCUGGUGCGGGAGGGCACCGGGCCGCUGCCCGAUUUCCGCGACGGCACCAAGGCCACCUUCCACUACCGGACGCUGCGGUGCGGGGAUGAGGAGACGCCGGUGGACGACAGCCGGGCGCGGGGGAAGCCCAUGGAGCUGAUCGCCGGCAAGAAGUUCAAGCUGCCGGUGUGGGAGGCGGCGCUGCGGACGAUGAGGGCGGGGGAGCGGGCCCGGUUCCGCUGCGACACCAAGCACGUGGUGCUCUACCCGCUGGUGGCCAAGAGCCUGCGGAACAUCGCGGCGGGGAAGGACCCUCUGGAGGGGCAGCGGCACUGCUGCAGCAUGGCCCAGCUGCAUGAGCACUACUCUCUGGGCUACCCCGACCUCGACGAGCUCCAGAAGAACCCCCAGCCCCUCAUCUUUGACAUCGAAGUGCUCAAGGUGGAGGCACCUGGUUCCUACCAGCAGGACCCGUGGGCCAUGACAGAUGAGGAGAAGCUGCAGGCUGUACCUCGGAUCCACAAGGAAGGCAACGAGCUGUUCCAGCAGGGCAAGGUGCAGGAGGCAGCUGCCAAAUACUACGAUGCCAUCGCCUGUCUCAAGAACCUGCAGAUGAAGGAGCAGCCUGGCUCUCCAGACUGGAUCGAGCUGGAUCAGAAAAUCACCCCCUUGCUGUUAAACUACUGCCAGUGCAAGCUGCAGUGCGAGGAGUACUAUGAGGUGCUGGAUCACUGCUCCUCCAUCCUCAACAAAUACGAGGACAAUGUCAAAGCCUACUUCAAGAGGGGAAAGGCCCACGCAGCUGUGUGGAACGUGGCAGAGGCCCACGCUGACUUUGCCAAGGUGCUGGCCCUGGACCCCUCCCUGCGGCCUGUGGUCUCCAAGGAGCUGCGGAGCCUGGAAGCCCGGCUGCGGGAGAAGGACGCCGAGGACAAGAUCCGCUUCAAGGGCAUCUUCUCGCAGUAGAGCCCGUGGCCGCAGCCCAGAGCCCCACAGGUUCUUUUAGAUAUUCCACAUGUGGAAUGUUCAUGGAUGUUUAUUAAUGUUUAAUACAAAUUUUACUUAUUUGAAGUCAUUUGGGGGGGGGGGCCUGGCCGCUCGCCACGGCAGAGCACUAAAAGUGACAGUAUUAAGCCAUGGUAGAACGGGGCUGACGUUCCUCACCGUGCUCUAGACGAUGGUCAUUGUCACACCGAGGUGACACGAGCUCAAGCCUGCUGCUCUCUGCCAACUUCUUUUAUUCAUCGUUUGGUGUUUUUUUAUACUUUAUGUGGGGCUCGGCCAGUGCACCCGGGGCUGGCCGAGCUGUUCACGGCCGGGGAGGGCUCGGGUGCCAAACCUCAGCGCCACCUCUUACCCCAUCAUGCCUCUACUUGGUGCCACAUCCUGCAUCGUCACCUCUCAAGGCUGCUGCUAUCACCCCCAGGCCCUUUCCUCUCCUCUCCAGCAUCAUGUCAGUGUCGGAAAUAUUUUAUAUAGAAUAACUGCUCGUUACUGCUAUCUGUCUGAAACUCUGGUUGUGCUAUGCUGAGAUAAAAGUAAAACUACUCGCAGGCA